AAAUUGUGUCUUUUUCUUUGCAUUUUGAAUCCUCCCUUUCCAUUAUCCAACGUUCCUAAUUUGUUUCUUCUGUCUUCCUCUUUUUCUGUUGUACAGGAUUUUGCCUUCCUUUCAAGCAUUUGCUGUUAAAAAAAGAUCUGAUUUUUUCCCCUUCUUUCUGUACAAAUCAUUUUGUGUUUCAAGAAUCUGAUGCCCCAGAAAUGGGAUUUUUCUAAAAAGCUCAAAUACCCAUUCCUUUUAAGGCCCUGGAUUUUCUCAUUUUGUCUGGAAAGUUGACCGUUUGUGUUCUUACAUCUAUUUUCCCAUACCCUUUUGAUUAAUCUUUGAAACUCCCACACACACACAAAAAAUGUUUGGAACCCAAAAUAGAAAAGAUUUGGCCUUUGAAUACCAAUCUCAAAUUCAGAUUUUGAGGCCAAGUAUUCAUUCCAGAAGGGCAAAUAUAACUGUUAAAUUCCAAGAUCUAUAUGGGUUCACAGUUGAAGGCAAUGUUGAUGAUGUAAAUGUGUUGAAUGAGGUUAGGGAGAAGGUUAGGGAACAGGGUAGGGUGUGGUGGGCAUUAGAAGCUAGCAAAGGUGCAAAUUGGUAUUUGCAAACACAAGUUACAUCAACCCUUAAAACUUCCCUUAAACUUUCUACUUUGGUGAAUGCAAUUACUCUCAAGAAACUAAUUAGGAAAGGAAUCCCACCUGUGUUGAGGCCUAAGGUGUGGUUUUCACUAUCAGGUGCAGCUAAGAAGAAAUCAACCGUUCCGGAAAGUUAUUACCAAGAUAUGACCAUGGCUGUUGAGGAUAAGGUCACACCUGCAACCAAACAGAUUGAUCAUGACCUUCCACGAACUUUUCCUGGUCAUCCCUGGUUGGACACUUCUGAGGGUCAUGCUGCUCUUAGGCGAGUUCUCGUCGCCUAUUCUUUCCGAGAUUCUGAUGUUGGCUAUUGCCAGGGAUUGAACUAUGUUGCAGCAUUAUUGUUGCUCGUGCUGAAAACUGAAGAAGAUGCUUUCUGGAUGCUUGCUGUCCUUUUAGAGAAUGUCCUGGUUAGUGAUUGUUAUACUAAUAACUUGUCCGGAUGCCAUGUUGAACAAAGAGUGUUCAAGGACCUAUUAACCAAAAAAUGUCCAAGGUUAGCAGCUCAUUUGGAUUCUCUAGAAUUUGAUGUUUCUCUUGUUUGCACUGAGUGGUUUCUCUGCCUUUUCUCCAAAAGUUUGCCUUCUGAGACAACCUUGCGAGUCUGGGAUGUCCUCUUCUUUGAAGGUGCUAAGGUUCUAUUUCAUGUAGCAUUGGCAAUUUUCAAGAUGAACGAAGAGAAGUUGCUGGUAGCACAUCAUGUCGGGGAUGUAAUUAGUAUCAUACAGAGAAGCACUCAUCACCUUUUUGAUCCUGAUGAGUUGUUGACGGUUGCUUUUGAUAAAGUUGGCUCUAUGACAACGACUACUAUAUCUAAACAGAGGAAAAAGCAAGAACCGGCUGUAAUGGCAGAGCUCGACCAGAGAUCAAGACGACUAAAUUCUGUAUUUCCAGAUGAAAAACUGUAGUUUUUACGAGGAAACCUAGUAAUUGUAGCAUAUGUAUAAUGUAUCCGUGUCAGGGCAUGCUGCCCUUGCUAGGAGAUCAACCUUUUGCUGUAAAGACUGCGGCUUGGAGAGAGAGUAUGCUUGUUUAUUAAGUUGUAGGUGUUACAGAAGUGUAAAUGUAGUCUGAAAAUAUUGCUGUAAUUUAGUUAUCCUUUAUUCUUUUC